AUGUGUGAUUCAAUAUUUGUUACCUAUCAUAUUAAACUUUUUCCUAGAUCGCCACCAAGAAAAUUGGAGAUAAAAUCUGAUUUAGAUUUUUUGACAACAGCAACAGCAACAAAUAAUAAUAAUAAUAAUAAUAAUAAUAAUAAUAAUAAUAAUAAUAAUAAUAAUAAUAAUAAUAAUGCUAAAAAAAAGCAAAUUAAUUUGAUCUUUAAAUCAUCAAGAAAAUUACGACAGUAUCGAUUAAUACGAUUUAUAUUCAACACAUUCAAUGAAUUAUUCUUUAUAAGAUUGAGUGUACUACUAUGGAAGCAAUGUAAGGAUGAUUCAAUUACAUCGAAUAUACAUUGGUUACGAAUAUUAAAAAUGAUAGAUCAAGGGUUUUAUAAUAUUUUAAACAUAACAGAUCUAUGGUUUAUUGUCUUUGCUUUUCCAAUUGUUUCAUAUGGAGAUUCUUUAUGGUUCAACAUGAAGUUAUUCUUUGGUAAAAAGAUUAAUAAUUUGAUAAAGGGUUGUCCGCCAUUUGGUAAAUGGUUUGGGGAUAAAGUUUUUAAAAGAUUGGAUUUUAUAUUUUUACCAAUAUAUUUAUUUUUAAUUAACUCAAAAUUACUAAAGUGGAGGUUAAACUCUUUAAAGAACGAUCAAUCAUUCUCAGAGACAAGUGGAUUAUUUAAGUUAAUAUAUCUGAUUUUAAGAAUUAAAUUAUUACUAUUUGAUUAUGUAAUCAAAUCAAUUUUUUCGAUAUUUCGCAAACCAUUGGAUUAUUUUAUUCAUAUUAAUAACCUAUUAAAUUAUUAUUUGUCACAUCAAAACAGAAUAAAUUUGCAGAGUAUAUUAAUGGUUAUUCAAAGUGUUAUAAUUAUAUUAUGGCUGGAAUUGAAAGACUAUUUUGGGAAAGAAUCUGUAAGUUAA